UACAAUAUAUUAUGCAAAUUUAUGCAAAUAAACGAACAUAUUUCCAGUCCGUUUAGAUUUUUUCCUUUUUCUUUUACAAACCUGUUCAUCGAACCGAAUUUCCGCAUACUGUAGACAAUAGAGUGAAGUUGUAAUACCGAGUGUGACCGCUAGGUGAACAAAGGGUGAGGGAAGAAGAAGAAGAAAAAGCAGAAGUGAAGGAGAGGAAUAGAGUUGUAAUACCUGGAGUUGCCUUUAGAUGGAAGUAAUGAGCAGGUUUCAUUUUUGCCCGCGGAAAAGGGGCGGGGCGAAUACCGACCAACGGCGUGGUUAUGGUUUAAGGCAGUUUCCUCGUUGUGGUGCACCUUCACAUCGCCACGCUGCCCUGAGUCACGCAACCAACCGGGUCGCGUUCUUCUGCUUCUCCUAGAUAGAUCUCCUAUCGAGAACCUUGUGUGAAUUUGGACCCAAGAUGUCGAGUGUGAAGAAGAGAAACUCGGGCCACAGGGAAGAGGAGGACCACCAGGCGGCGGAGAAGAUGCUCGCAGGCUCCGGUGGUCCAUCCAGCGGAGAUGGAGAGGGAGAGGAGACGGUGGUGCUGCAGCGCACCAUCACGCUGCUGAACGGCGUGGCCAUCAUCGUGGGCACCAUCAUCGGCUCGGGGAUCUUCGUGACGCCGACCGGCGUGGUGAAGGAGGCGGGCUCGGUGGGUCUGUCGCUCGUGGUGUGGGCGGUGUGCGGCGUGUUCUCCACCGUGGGCGCGCUGUGCUACGCCGAGCUCGGGACCACCAUCACCAAGUCCGGCGGUGACUACGCCUACAUCCUCGAGGUGUACGGCUCCCUGCCGGCCUUCCUCAAGCUCUGGAUCGAGCUGCUCAUCAUCAGACCUUCAUCUCAGUACAUCGUAGCCUACGUGUUCGCCACAUACCUGCUCAAGCCUCUGUUCCCGGUGUGUCCCGUGCCCGAGACCGGGGCCAAGCUCGUGGCGUGCCUCUGCAUCCUGUUAUUGACGGCGGUGAAUUGCUACAGCGUUCGCGCCGCCACCCGUGUGCAGGUUUUCGCUGCUGCUAAGCUACUUGCCCUGGGCCUCAUCAUCAUUGUUGGCUUUGUCCAGAUUGGCUUAGGUGAAACCCCAGGCCUUUCCCCUGAAAACUCUUUCAAAGGAUCCAACAGUGAUUUUGGGAACAUCGGCUUGGCUCUCUACAGCGGCCUGUUCGCAUACGGAGGCUGGAAUUAUUUGAAUUUUGUCACAGAGGAGAUGAUCGAGCCGUACAAAAAUCUGCCACGUGCCAUCAUCAUUUCACUGCCCAUCGUCACCGUCGUUUACGUGCUGACCAACCUGGCCUACUUCACCACUCUCAGCCCCGAGGACAUGCUCACGUCUGAAGCUGUAGCUGUGGAUUUUGGGAAUUAUCAUUUGGGCCCCAUGGCGUGGAAUCCCGUGUUUGUGGGACUUUCCUUUGGCUCCGUCAACGGCUCACUGUUUACCUCAUCCAGGUUGUUCUUUGUGGGGUCACGUGAAGGUCAUCUUCCCAGCCUGCUGUCCAUGAUUCACCCGAACCUUCUCACCCCACUGCCCUCGCUCCUUUUCACCUGCUUGAUGACACUCUUGUACGCCUUUUCCAACGACAUCUUCUCAGUCAUCAACUUCUUCAGCUUCUUUAACUGGCUGUGUAUCGCCAUGGCGAUCCUCGGAAUGAUGUGGCUGCGCUAUAAGAAACCUGAGCUCGAGCGGCCAAUCAAGGUGAACAUCCUGCUGCCCAUUUCCUUCGUGUUGGCGUGUCUCUUCCUGAUUGUGGUGUCCAUCUGGAAAACUCCGUCCGAGUGCGCCAUCGGAUUCGGCAUCAUCGCCACCGGCGUUCCCGUCUACUUCUUCGGUGUCUGCUGGAAGAACAAACCCAAGUGGCUCAAGCAGCUCAUCUUCUCGGCCACGGCCAACUGCCAGAAGGUGCUGGAGGUCGUUCCUCAGGAGUCGUGAAGGAAAAGAAA